AUGUCAUCCUCCGACUUCAAGCCCCUGUCCGACCAUUUUAUCUGCACUGGUCGCAUCAACCUUCAGGGAGGCCGGGCCGUUUACCAGCUCGCAUUUUCUCCCGAUGGAAAGUUCCUAGCGUGUGGAGGAGAGUUCGGUGCCUGUCUUAUCCAUAUUGAAACCACCACCAUUCAGAAGAAUCAUCCCGCGUACGACCUACGGGUUCACGGAGCGGUGAUGGCAAUGGAGUGGGUUGGCAACACGCUGGUACUAGGCUCGGCAUACGGGUACAUGAAGAUUUGGGGUCUGCAGAGAGGUGUGCUCGAGGAGUGGCAUACGUUCCGCGUUGCGGAAGGGACAGAGGUGACCUCGCUGGCGAUCCGGGGGCAGCCGGCAAGGUUCAAACUGGCAGUCGCGACGAGAGACCACGUUGUCGUGCGACUAGACAUAACACCUGACGAGGUGACCGAAAUCUUUGCGGUGCAGUUGGAGAAAACAUUUGCCAGGACGGUGGUGUUUACUGGCGACCGAGACGACAUCCAACUCCUCGGGAUGUUCGAUGGCAUGAUGUACACGUUGAAGUCUCAUGAAGGGAAGCUGAAGAUCAGCAAAUCUCGUUCGAUUUGCAGACUUGUGGGUUACGCAAGUUUCGACUCGGACCACCGAGAAGUGCUGGUCGAUAACACCGACGCAUUCGCCAUACACAGCACAGAAUUGGGGAGCUGCUUGAACGUCUUCUCAACGGGACGGCCGACAUGGAAGAUACCGAAGCAAGUGGUCUUUGCGGAAGGGGGGCAGACGGUAAUUGUCGGAAGCGACCAUGGAGAUGUCUACGUCUUUGAUAGAGCCGGGGGCCACCCACAAGCAGUCCUCCACCAUCAAGACACUGGAUACACGCAGACCAUUGCUACAUGUUCAACAGGCAAUGGUUGUCUUGUAGCAUGUGGAACGUCACUGGAUGGAGUGCCCAGCUCUGUAUCGAUAUGGAAGAGCAAGCCCGCAGACCCGCUUCCGUCGAAUGCACCAUUGCAGAAUACGUCAUCAGAAUCUCCCCCAGUCAAACCAUCGCCAAAGUCGGAACCGCUUAUACUGCGCGUUGUGGCCUGGAUCAUGGCUUUAUGGAUGAUGAAAUAUUUGCUGACGGGCACAGAGAUGCAUUGGUUGAUGGAGGACCUCUGGUACAUGAGAGUACGGCCGGCUAUUGUCCACACGAUACUGCUCUUGUAA